GCCAGUAGUUCUUCAGCUUCAGCAGCCAACUCUGUAGGCGCCGCUCUCGGCCGGGUAGCGCAAGCGAGAGGAGCCGGGACCCGCAGCUCUGAGCCCCAGCGCGGGCUAUGCUGGAGCCGCGGGCGACACCUGCGGCUCCUCUCGGCGGCAGCAGCACGGGCCCCGGCAGCUUCAGCAGUCACAGCCACUGCGGCCCGGGCAGCCUCCGCUGCGGUGGCCGCUUCUGAUGUGCGCCUGCUCGCUCCCAGCCCCGCGCCUCCGGGAGGAUGUGGGUCCUCGGCAUCGCGGCAACUUUUUGCGGAUUGUUCUUUCUUCCAGGCUUUGCGCUACAAAUCCAGUGCUACCAGUGCGAAGAAUUCCAGCUGAACAACGACUGCUCCUCCCCUGAGUUCAUCGUGAAUUGCACGGUGAACGUUCAAGACAUGUGUCAGAAAGAAGUGAUGGAGCAAAGUGCUGGGAUCAUGUACCGCAAGUCGUGUGCAUCGUCAGCAGCCUGUCUUAUUGCCUCCGCCGGGUACCAGUCCUUCUGCUCCCCAGGGAAGCUGAACUCAGUGUGCAUCAGCUGCUGCAACACCCCUCUUUGCAACGGGCCAAGGCCCAAGAAAAGGGGCAGUUCUGCUUCGACCCUCAGGCCGGGGCUCCCCACCACCAUCCUGCUGCUCAAAUUAGCCCUCUUCUUGGCACACUGCUGAAGCUGACAGAGAUGCCAUCCCUACCUGCAUUGUUCUUCUGGCCCUGGCUCUUCCACCUCCCCCACCUCUUCUGAGUGUCCUUUUAUUCUGGGUAGAGAGGGGUGUCUGUGUUCUCUUUUGGUUCAUUUGCAAAUAAUGAAAGAGCUCCCUGUAAAACACUUUUGUAAGCUCUGAAUAAAUUCAGUCAGACUGAAUUUUCAAUGUGUACUCAAGGGAGGGAAUGGAGCAAAAGUUCAGCACCCCUGUCCUUGUAAGCAGUCUAGACAAGGCUGGCAGAAUCAGUCCUUAGAAACCGCAAAGGUGGGCAUAAACCUUUCCAUAUCCUCUGGCUUCCAUACUGUCCGUGAUGGGGGCGCAGUUUAUUUUGUGACUUGCUUUCAUGGGGAUAGGGUCGGUUCCCAUUCAGUUUCCUUAACAUUCACACUUCAUGCUCCUGAAAACCAUUCUCUACAGCAGAAUUGACUGGCUUCGACUCUGAGCUGGGCUGUAGUGACUCCUGACUCAGUUGCUGGGACUGAGACUCCGGCUUGGCCUCACUCUGAAAAGUGCUUAAGAAAACCUUGUUAGUUCUCCUUGCAGAAGAAUUACGCUGGGAAGCAAAGAAGAUGAGCGGACUGCGGAUGGAACGGGCACUGUCAGUGGUGGAGCGCCCAUGGGCGCGCAAGUGCUUCUCCUGGUUGGCGUGCUGGAGUGUCAGGUGGCAGCGCAGCACCUGCCCAAACACUCUGCGGAACUGCUGCGAAGACACGUUGUAGAGGAGAGGGUUCACCACGGAGCUGAGGUAGAAGAAGGUGUCCGAGAAGGGGAGGAGGAUCAUGUACGCCUGGAAGUAGGACCUGGUCCAGUCAUGCUUGGGCUUGGCUGCAGCCAUGAUCCUCCGAAUCUGGUUUGGCAUCCAGCAUACGGCCAAUGUCACAACAAUCAGCCCUGAGUAGAAGAGAGAAAGGAGAGGGGAAAAAAUAGCAUGAGAACAAAAAUAAAUAAUAAUAAUAAAAACCAUAAAAUAUUUAGCCCCUCGGUUCUGUGCUUACUGGCCAGGAAAUGGUACCAAUUUUUCAAUGUUGUGCUUGACAGCUUCUUUUGCCACUAGCAAAAGAGAAUUUAACGCUGCUUCAAGCUCCAGGGAGUUGGCUGUGUUAAAGACCAUUAAAUGCUUUAGACAGUGUAUUUAUACCUGUUGAUGCCUGUUAAUUUUAAGAAUGUUUUCAUUGUUGCUUGUGUAUCCAGAAAAUAUUUUAUGUUGUCCAUAAAUCUGGUUUUGUCAUUUUUGUUUUAAAGAAAUAGAUAUAUGCAAACAGUAUAACCAUAUUAGGUGAAACAAUAUUUGUAUUUUAAAGUAUGUUUUCACAAAGAAGAUCCAGUGAUUUUUUAAGUCAAAUGGAAGGAGUUUUUCUUUAAUGAGGAAGCGUAUUUAGCAACACUGAUUUUCCGUUCAAUUCUAAGGGAAGCAAAAUCAGGGGUAGUCUGUCACUGAGAAUGUUUUUUGGACAAAUAUGUGCUAAGUAUGCACAGCUAUAAUUAUGAUGCUCAUAUCUACAACAGCACCUCUGCUUCUUUUCAAACACUUUUAGAUACAUUACCUCUUCCACCUUCAUGUGGGAAACAUUCUCCAAAAACAAAACAAAACAAAAAAAAAAUACAUUAAACUUCUUUCAAGUUCAACCAGGAAUGUACUCACUGUGUUUGUAGCUCAGUCCCAGCAGACCAGAAACCAUCUGGCCCUAGUAAAAGGAUGCCACUCGAUGGCCCCUGUGUAGGUCAAAUGUUUGCUGCAUGUACAUCUGUUUGCAUUCUCACUUGCUUGCAUCAGAUUUAUGUAAUCAUUGCUAUUCUGUGAUUCUGACAGAGGCAAAGAUGCUAUAUAGCCCACAAACAAAUAAAAUGGCAGUUAUCAUGAGAGUUUUCUAUAGUGACAAAACAAAACAAAAGGAAGACCUGGGCUUAGCCUCACUCUGAAAAGUGCUUAAGAAAACCUUGUUAGUUCUUUUUUCUCAAGAAAUUAAGAACAUAAAACAUAAGUUCCCAUGUAGAGAGCUGAUAUGUUCAAGCAGUAUUUACAUGUUCAAGAAUACUUCCUCCUUCUAAGUGGGAGUCAUAACAUAAUCAUAAGGAAAAUUCAUUCACAUUAUCAAACCUUCUGAUUUUCUAGGGAAGUAAUGAUUGACAGUGAUUACAUA